AUUUCCUUGACGAUAAUAAACAAUAUGGCAGAUAAUCCAGCAAAUAGCUUACCAACAGAGGGCAAACCGAGUUCAAAACAAAGCGGUGAUCUCCCUGAAAUGAGUUCAGCAGAGGAUAUUGUGAAUAAGGCACGAGAGGAAAUCGAGAAAACAAUGGAGAAAGCAAUGGCCAACCAGCAAGGGGGACAGGAGUUUGAAGAAGUGAUAGAGUUCUUUGAUCCAAUCCAAGACCCGUACGGAAAGGCCAUCAAAUAUUUAGAACAGCAUGAUAUUCUGCAACUUUUCCAGGCUUUAACAGCAAACAUAGUAUACUUUAAACCUGAAGAUCCACUCAGCUACAUGAUGAAAGAAAUUGAAGUGAUAAAGAAAGAAAAGGCAGCAGCCAAACCUGCAGAGAAGAAAUGAACAUCAACACUACAUCAAUACACACUAUAGGGGGACAUGGGAUUAGGGGAGGGGGGUGAUAAAAUUAGAUUCAUUUUUAUGUAUGUGUUGAGUAGCUACUCUAUUAUAAGUGUGCAAUUUAUAUGUGUGAUUCAAAAUACUAAACUGAGAAAUCAUGUUUAAUUACGCUGUAUGUGGAAGUUUACAUUGUUAUUAAGAAGACUUGUAUUUGAUGUGAAUUCCUUGCCACUUUAUGAAUAAUCUUCAUUAACAGAUGAAUCAAAAACAUUACUUAGCUUAUUACUUAUAAGUCUUUGUCAUUCAUAUGUUGAAUACUUAUAUCUUUGAAGUAUAUUUGUUAAAUAAUUAUGUAUUUGAAAAUUUAAGUUGAGAUUAUAUUCUGGAGUAUGCAACCAGCAUUACAGAGUUAUAGAGCUAUAGUAUUUAUUAUGCAUAAGUAUUUAUGCUUGUUGCAUGUGCCAAACUUGUUUUGUAGACUUAGGAAUUACAUGUACCAGCAGUUAAAAUGUAUCACAUUUUAGCAUAAUUUUACAUGUACUUUUAAAAAUGUUUAUUUAAAAUAUGAUUAAGAAUAUCAAACUAUCAAUAUAUUUAAAUAUCAAGGAAAAAUAAAACUCUCUUGAUACUUA